AGACGGGCAAAAGGCGGAGGAGGAGCGACGCACCUUCACAGUCAACAGACGCUGGGUGUGCGGCAGUGCCCGUCGGUCGGUAGAGGAAGGCUACACCGGCAGAAGAAGCCCGCGGAGGGAGGAAGACACCUGACGGCUAUUUUCCAUUGACCAGUGAAGGGCCGGCAGAGAGAGGAGCGGCUGAGGAGGGGAGCAGAGGCGGAGACGGUAAUUGCGUUUCUGGCUGCCCUGUGGGAACAUGGGAUAUAUGACCUCAUCAUUCACCUGUGAGGCUCUCCAGUAAACAACUCCAGAUAGAAGGAUGACUGAGGCAGCAGUAGAAAGUGCAGAUGUCCUCCUAAAACCCUGCGAUGUGACGUCAUGUGACGCCGUCAUCUGUCCCUCCCCUCCGCCAUGUCUACCCCCCUGCAAUCAGAGAAAGGAUGAGGAGAGUCACAGUGACACAAAGAAGCUUGAGCAGCAGAAACACUGCAGCCAGGUGCAACCAAAGAAAAAACUAAAGGCCAAAGGAAAGUUAGUGCGCAGUAUGGCUAUCUGCGAGGAGCCCUCACCGUUUGAAGAAUCAAUGGAAUCUCCAAACACAAGCAUCUCAUCUAGCUGCCAUGACAACGAGAGCACUUCCUGUCAGGAGGAGGAGCAUGAGAAGAGCACAGAUCCAAAGAAACAUUCAUUGUCCAAAGAGUCCAGCGUGGAGUACACAGACUCCACCGGCAUAGAUCUGCACCAGUUUAUCGUCGACACCCUCAACAGCAACCCCAGAGACCGCAUGAUGCUGCUUAAACUGGAGCAGGACAUGAUCGACUUCAUCACCAGCAAUAGCCCCUUUAAGAAGUUCCCUCACAUGUCGUCCUACCACCGCAUGCUGGUCCAUCGGGUGGCGGCCUACUUUGGCAUGGAGCACAAUGUAGACCAGACAGGCAAGUCUGUCAUCAUCAACAGGACGAGCAGCACACGCAUACCGGAGCAGCGUUUCCAGGAUGAGCUGCAUAAAGACAAGACAGAAGAGCUCCACCAGUGGAAAUAUAUUCUGAAGAGAGACAACAGCUCAGAUGACCAGAACCGACUCCACCCCUUACGGGAGAAGCAAAGCAAGUCAGUGGAGGAGAGAGAGGAGGAGUACCAAAGAGCACGAGAGCGAAUCUUCAGCCAAGAGCCGCCCUGCACCAAGGAGAGCACCCAUGCAGAAACCAGGGAUGUGGAGGAGUACAAUCCAUAUGCUGAGACCCAGAGGAGAAGGCAGCUCUUCAGGGGGAGCCGUGACAGCUCAGGCUCCAGCUGGACAGGCAGCAGCACUGAGACUGACUGCCGCUAUGGCAACGACCCCCGACCUUGGAGCAGCACCGACUCCGAUUCCUCCUACCAGUGGACGAGUCCUGCUCUGAAGCCUCGCCAACCCGCCAACCACAGCUGGGACGCACGAGGUUCAGGUUCCAUCUCUCUUUACAGACUGCCAUCCACAUGUCCUCACCCCUCUCCUCCUCCCAUGAUCGAGGAACAAGCUCCCAGCUCUGCCUACAUCAUGGAGAACGGGAUCCCACCAGGCAGUAUUUUGGUGAACCCACACACUGGGCAGCCAUUCCUCAACCCUGACGGGACCCCUGUGGUGUACAAUCCUCCGGACAGUCAGCAGCCAAUCAGGAGCCAGACUCAGCUGCAGGGCUCUCCCCCUCAGCCGUCACAGCAGCAGGUGGUUCAGUACUCGUCUGUCUCUUACACAGCUCCACAGAUGUUGCCUGUCACUCCCUCACAGCCAUACUCCACAAUUGAAGAUCUCUCCUCGCAGUUUGCCCAUGUGACAGUGAGCUGUCAGACGGCGGGUGAAGCCCCACCCGUCUACCCUCCCAGUCCGGGUUACAUCUAUGCAGCUCCUCCCCUUCCUCCUCCUCCUCCUCCUCCUCCUCCUCACAACCCCUCCAGCUACUGCCAGCCCUCACCUCAGGUGCCUGUGUAUUACUACGGCCAGUACCCUACCUCAGCUCAGCAUGGAUGCAGACCCCUCUCACCUACCCAGCACAUCCACAGCCAAGCAGCACAGCCAACAGCAGGAUACGCCCCUGCUGUGAGGGUGCAGCAGUCUUCCCACACCCAAACCCAAGCUGUGCUGGGGACCUACUCACCGGUUGCCUCCCAUCAGUGUAGCAUGGUUCAGGGAGGCGUUUCGGUGUCCUUUCCCCAAAGUAAAGUUGUAAACGGGGUAGGUGGGGAGGCGGGGUACUGCUGCGUCGUGCCCCCACCCGCCCACUGCCGCCCUCCCAGCUGCACCAACCUCAGCGCUCCGGCCUGGAACGCACAGUACUGACGGAGCCAUGAUACUUUUGUUUCUGUGUGAACUCAUCCACACACAUAUUUAACACAAACACAACCCCCCUCACCCUCACCUACACCCCUCCCUCCUCCUGAUGAUGCCCCCUGGGUUUGCACACACACACACAUGCAACAUACCCCCACUCACAGAGAUAAAUGUACCACUGUACCAAAGCUUAAUAGUAUAUUUCAGAGCUGCUGUAUUGAAUGCAUAAUUUAUAUACACAAAUGGAGUUUUAUAUUGAUAUUAAAUUAUAUAUUGUGUUUUAAGGAAAUGCACUGUGUGAAGAGAAUAAAGUGCUGUGGCUGGACUGACGAGGUCACAUUUCUCUAUCA